AUGACUUUUACAUCCGAAAGUUGCCGCUACGCACCCAUGGGCUUGUCAACCAUUCUCAUUGCUGCCCAAUUCUUUGUUCAUCGACACGAGCGCAAUAAUCAACGACAGGACGUCGAAAAGGCCGAGCUACGUCGCGAGGAACCCUAUCAUGAACAUUAUGACGAUUCGGCUCCCAACGUUGAGGAGCAUGACGGGCGCGAAGGCGAUCUGGUGGUGGAAGAGGAAGAUGAGGAUGAAAGGGAAGACAGAGAUGGCGAGGAACUGGAAGAUGUCACCCUUCACGCAAGUUCAUCUCAGUCACGCUCUCGCCGAUUCGGCCGUUUCUCCACACUGGGCAGCACGCUCUCCGGAUCGAGUAUCACACGUACCUGGACCGGGUCUUUCUCCUCCCAUCCCUGGCUCACCAGAGCAAAAACACUUCUAUUUCCACGAACUCAUCCCGAAGAGCUAGAGCGUUAUGUCCCCACAUAUCGUUAUUCACCCAUAAUCUCCGGAAUUUUGAUCCCUUUUUCUAUUCUACUUGAAGUCCCUGGCCUUACCGAAUACUGCUAUUUCGAUCGCGUGCGCAAUAUUUGCGAAUAUCUGUCUUAUCAUGCGAUUCGCCGAGAAGUCGUCGAUGAUUAUUUGCUGCCCCCUAUUGCGCUUAGCCUCGUUUUUCUAGAUGUCAUCGACAUCAUUGCCGUCACAGUGUUUGGUGUUGUGCAUCGAAAGAACGAUGGAUUCACGUACGGACAGGCGUUCUGGAUGACAUUAUGCUCAACCAUCGCAUCAACGAUCACAAACAUCACCCUUAUCUUGGAUUACAUUCGGAUCCCCGACUUUGCUCAUUCUGAUACGGCUGAUAUAGGGAGCGGCUUGACGCGCAAGCAACGUUCGCUCAUGAUCAUGGUGAUCGUCGUGCUGAUGUAUCUCGCGCUGGGCGCGGUUGUCAACUCGCGAUUGCUGUCGCUCAGCUUCAUUAACGGCCUGUACUAUUCGACGGUCUGUAUCGAGACGAUCGGAUUUGGUGAUAUCGUUCCGAACACGACGGGUGGGCGAGUAUUUGCAUGCAUGUACAUUCCAGUGGGGAUGGUCAUCCUUGGGAUUGUCAUCUCAAUCUGUCGGAGCACCGUGUUGGAGGGGCUGAAUGUAGGAUACCGCAAGCGCCUGCGGCGUUUGCGCGAACGAAGGCGGGCCGCGCGCCAGAGCUCACCGGUAUGGGUGUCUGACAAGGAGUGGCGAGAAAACGAGGAAGGCAUACGGUUUGUCGGUCUGGGAGGGGAGGCUGAGGGUGCGGAUGCAGAGUUUUGGUUUAUCCGCGCCUUACGUGUUGUGGGCAUGCGCAAGGCCCGGUCGCCGUCCGUACGCUCUCCGCACCACGUUCCUGGGCAUCCGCAUGGGAAGCACCUGAAUAUCAACGCGCUGACACGCCAACAGCUUGGAGAAGCCGCGUUGGAGGCGGGUAUUCCGCCAGACAAGUUCAUCUACGUGAGCCCGGCGCGCCGAAUCGCGUUGGGGGAUGUGCAGGAAGCCGAUACGCAGCCAUUGCCUCACAGAGGGUGGCCGGCAAACGUGAAGACGCCGACGGAGGCGCAGCUGGGUCGGAUGGCGACGAUCCUCACGAAGGUCGCGUUUGCGGUCAGUGGACGCGAUAGAUGCGUACCGGGCCCCUCGUCUGAGGUCACUGCAAUGGCUCAACAUGCCGCUUCAGAGGGGCACAAUACACGCAUACACGAGCGAAAUUCCGCGGAACGCGUACAGGCAGUAAAACCGAGUUCCUCUGUCAAGAUUUCUGCACCCACUUCUUGGUAUCGUAAGCUGGCCGCUCGUUCCAAGAAGUGGCUUGUUAUACUGCGAAAUAAAUUGCAUCGAUGUUUCGUCAAUGAACAGAAAAAUGCCAGUACUACCAAGCUCACUGUUGCGUGGGGAGUAUUUUUACUCUUCUGGUUUGUCGGCUCUGCCAUUUUCAGCGCUACCGAAGGCUGGUCUUAUGGUAUCGCUAUGUAUUUUUGUGUCAUCUCGUUCACCACGACGGGAUUUGGUGAUUACGCGCCCAUGACUCCUGCAGGCCGUUCCAUUUUCGUUGUGUGGGCGUUAUUCGGUGUAGGGACAUUGACAAUUCUUGUUGCGGUCAUCGAGGAUGCGGGGUCAUCGCGAUACCAAAGUGCGAUGCAUUCGAGGGCAUUUGACAAGGCUGUGGCCAAGUAUCGCAAGGACAUAGCUCGGGAAACAGCCAGAGUAUCUGAUGCCGAUUGUGACCUACACAAUAUUGCUGGAGUCAAAGACGCGGAUGCAGAAAUUACAACUACGAACGGUCGUACGACCCCUGUAACUACGGAAGAUGUUGCCUCACGACUCGACGAGGCACAGAAAGCUACCCAAUGUCAACUCGAGGCGUUGCCUGGAGACAUCGUUACUCGUGCGCGAGUUUUUCGCGAUUACUUGCGCUAUUUCGAAGGCGAUAGCUCCCAAAAUGCCGACCCUUCUGCUGAGGGCGCUCAAACUAACGUUCCAAUCGAAGUCAGGCGACUCCUGGACGAGAUUGUGAAAUCCGAGGGUGUCGGCGAAAGAGUGAAGAGAGAGAUUUUACAAGAUAGUGAUGCAAGACGGACUUUGUUUAUACUCGGUGUUGAGCGCAUCUUAAGGGGAAUGAUUGGCUCGGCGCAGCAAGCCUUGGACUCUGUCGCUGAUCGCAAUUCCCUGCAGGCUAUUAGUGACGGAUUGAGGCAUGAGGCCGAUGCAAGCAGUUCAGGUCCCAAGGGAACUCCUGAUGCGGGUUCGAUUUCCACAUUUCAAGGAACCAGCUCCUCGUCACCGACACCACCCUCAUCCUCUUCCUUAGCAAUUCUUCAAGGUCAACAUCAAAGUUGA